UUACUUGAAUAUGCACUUACAAGAUGUGACUAGGUUAAUUCAAUGUCAUAAAAUGGGAGUAAUAUAAACAAACACGUUUUCGCAAAACAGUUUAUUCGUGCACUUAAAAAUGGCCGUGUUACUUGACAGUAUCGUCCUGAUCCUUCUUAUCGGACAAAGUUAUUGUGUUAAGGAUUUACCUAGUUACUUUCCAAAAUGCAACAGCGACCUAUCAAGACAACAAAUGGAGGAAUGCCUAAUAAAAGCUACAGAAACAGUUCGUCCUUUUCUGCAAAAAGGUGUUCCUGAAUUGGGAAUUCCUUCAAUAUCACCGCUCAUCAUACCGCAAAUUUCAUUGGAACAAGGGACAGACACCACAAACUACCAAGCCUAUGCCAAAAAUGUUUCCUUGUACGGGUUGGAUGGUUAUAAAUUUAUUAGAAACGAUUUUGACAUCGAAAACUUAACAUUCCAUUGUGAGGUAAAAAUACCUCAUCUUUAUCUGAAAGGUACUUACGUAAUAAAUGGAAAGUUCUUGAAUGUACCCAUCAAAGGAGAAGGAAUAUUUUUCUCCAACAUAACCAACUCCGAUGGGACACUAGAUAUACAAAGUAAAUUGGUGACAAAGAAGGGGGAGCAUCACAUGGAAAUUGAAAAUAUGGAAACAAGGAUAAAAGUUGGAGAAAUAACCGAUUAUGGAUUGGAUGGUUUAUUUAAUGACAACGAAGUGCUUGAUGAAUUCGCGCGAGAACGUUGCACCUCGGUGAGACAAGACAGAAGAAAAAAAAUGCAACAUAUUCGAAUUAUCGUUUGUUUCGUUUUUGUGGCAAUUUAUCAAGAUGUAAAUGGAUAUAAAGUUCGGGAUGCCCCACUUUUAACAUACAGACCCCCGUGGCUGAAAGCCUGCAGAAGGAGCGACCCUGAAAUAAGUUCCUGUGUCAACGAACUCUUCGGGAAUAUGUUUCCGUAUUUAGCCGUUGGUAUUCCUGAAAUUAAGGUAGACCAAUUCGAGCCACUUCCUUUGGACAGAGUGUCAAUCAGUAAAGGAUCCGGAGCUAUAACUCUAGCAGGAAGUCUUUAUGACAUGAUUGUGGUUGGACCGUCCAAUUCCACGCCAACCUACAGCGAUUUUAAUGAGGAGAAAAAGUAUUGGAACUUCGGACUCAACCUUCCAUUAUUAGACAUAAAAUCUCAGUACAACCUAAAAGGAAACAUUUUGGUGUUACCCCUGUUGGGCCAUGGCGAUUGCGAAAUUAAACUCUCAGAAAUUAAAACGAAAGUUACGACAGACUUUAAAUUCGUAACUAAAGAGAACCGGGAAGUUUUAGAAUUAAUCGACAUGACAGUCAAAUUUAAAGUGGGUCGUAUGAGAGUCAACUUCCAAAAUUUGUUUAAUGGAAACAAAAUUCUUGGACAAACUGUCAACAACUUCAUUAACCAAAACGCCGUGGAAAUUAUAGAUGAACUGGAAGAAUCCAUUGGUGAAAGUUUGGCAAAAAUCUUCAAAGAUCUAAUGAACAACAUUUUCACUAAAAUUCCCACAGACUUGUGGUUAUUGUCUGACAAAGAAUAUGAAAAAUAUUUAGAAGAACAGAAUUCGAAUAACAAGACUGAAGCUGUAACAGCUGCAAAUAAAUGAUAACUGACAUAACAUCAGUUAUAAUAUUUAUUUUGUUGAGCACAUGACAAAUUAGUUUUUAUGUUUUUGAUAAAAAAUUUGUGUUAUUAGUAACUAAGAAGUUUGUUUAUAAAUAAAUAUCAAAUUAUUUACA